AUGCAGUACACUGACUCCAUAGACUACACGCAGUACACUGACUCCAUAGACUACACGCAAGCUCACCCAUCCGCCCCUCCAACCAGAGCGCCACCCAUCCACCCCUCCAACCAGACUGCCACCCAUCCACACUCCAACCAGACCGCCACCCAUCCGCCCUCCAACCAGACCGCCACCCAUCCACCCUCCAACCAGACCGCCACCCAUCCGCCCUCCAACCAGACCGCCACCCAUCAGCCCUCCAACCAGACCGCCACCCAUCCGCCCUCCAACCAGACCGCCACCCAUCCGCCCUCCAACCAGACCGCCACCCAUCCACCCUCUAACCAGACCGCCACCCAUAUACCCUCUAACCAGACCGCCACCCAUCCACCCUUCAACCAGAACGCCACCCAUCCACCCUCUAACCAGACCGCCACCCAUCCACCCUCCAACCAGACCGCCACCCAUCCGCCUUCCAACCAGAGCGCCACCCAUCCACCCUCCAACCAGAGCACCACCCAUCCACCCUCCAACCAGACCGCCACCCAUCCGCCUUCCAACCGGACCGCCACCCAUCGACCCUCCAACCAGACCGCCACCCAUCCACCCUCUAACCAGACCGCCACCCAUCCGCCUUCCAACCAGACCGCCACCCAUCCGCCUUCCAACCAGAUCGCCACCCAUCCACCCUCUAACCAGACCGCCACCCAUCCACCCUCCAACCAGACCGCCACCCAUCCGCCCUCCAACCAGACCGCCACCCAUCCACCCUCCAACCAGAGCACCACCCAUCCACCCUCCAACCAGACCGCCACCCAUCCGCCUUCCAACCGGACCGCCACCCAUCGACCCUCCAACCAGACCGCCACCCAUCCGCCUUCCAACCAGAGCGCCACCCAUCCACCCUCCAACCAGAGCACCACCCAUCCACCCUCCAACCAGACCGCCACCCAUCCGCCUUCCAACCGGACCGCCACCCAUCGACCCUCCAACCAGACCGCCACCCAUCCACCCUCUAACCAGACCGCCACCCAUCCGCCUUCCAACCAGACCGCCACCCAUCCGCCUUCCAACCAGAUCGCCACCCAUCCACCCUCUAACCAGACCGCCACCCAUCCACCCUCCAACCAGACCGCCACCCAUCCGCCCUCCAACCAGACCGCCACCCAUCCGCCUUCCAACCAGACCGCCACCCAUCCACCCUCUAACCAGACCGCCACCCAUCCACCCUCUAACCAGACCGCCACCCAUCCGCCUUCCAACCAGACUGCCGCCCUCCAACCAGACCGCCACCCAUCCGCCCUCCAACCAGAGCGCCACCCAUCCACCCUCCAACCAGAGCGCCCUCCAACUAGACCGCCCUCCAACCAUACCGUCACCCAUCCGCCUCCAACCAGACCGCCCCUCCAAUCAGACCGCCCUCCAACCAGACCGCCCUCCAACCAGACCGCCACCCAUCCGCCUCCAACCAGACCGUCACCCAUCCGCCCUCCAACCAGACCGCCCUCCAAUCAGACCGCCCUCCAACCAGACCGCCACCCAUCCGCCUCCAACCAGACCGUCACCCAUCCACCCUCCAACCAGAGCGCCCUCCAACUAGACCGCCCCUCAACCAGACCGUCACCCAUCCGCCCUCCAACCAGACCGCCCUCCAAUCAGACCGCCACCCAUCCGCCCUCCAACCAGACCGCCCUCCAACCAGACCGCCACCCAUCCGCCAACCAACCAGACCGCCCUCCAACCAGACCGCCCUCCAACCAGACCGUCACCCAUCCGCCCUCCAACCAGACCGCCUCCAAUCAGACCGCCCUCCAACUAGACCGCCACCCAUCCGCCCCUCCAACCAGACCGUCACCCAUCCACCCUCCAACCAGAGCGCCCUCCAACUAG